AUGGCUGAAAUUGCAAUUUCUGCCAUUUCUCUCGCAUUGGCGAUAUUUGGCACAGUGGAAGCACUCUACCAAAAACACAAUGACGGUUCAACUAAUGUCACUGUUCGCCGAACAGAGGUUUGGUUGAAGGAAAUCCAAAUGGUUCUAAGGGACGCAGAAGAUCAGAUUGAAGGAGCGUCCAACCAGCUUCAACAAUCUGUGAAAGAUGUCGAAUAUAUAGCUUAUGAAAUUGAGGAUGCUCUUUCCGAGUUUGUGCUUAACGUCCACGGCAACAGAGGAUUAUCUCGGAAAGUGCACGACAUGAUUCCAUUUCUCCCACGAAAUGAAGUAAAGAACGCAGCCAGAAAUUUGUCGUCCAAGAUAAGUCACAUUAUGGGGGAGAAGAAAGAGAGUGUUGAUAAGCUAGUAACAAUGCUCCGACAAAUUAGCUCCAGCUCCAGACGGAUACAUACAUGGCCUCACCAAGUUCUUGCAGAAGGUGAUGAAAUAGUGGGAUUUAAGACACGUGAAGACGAACUGGUUAAACAGUUGGCACCAGACGACGCCCGUUUGACGAUUUUGAUUGCAGGUCCUGGUGGCUCGGGUAAAAGCACUGUGGUACAGAAUGUAUACCGGAGCGACAGGAUCAGACGACGUGAAGAAGGUUCUGGGCCUUUUGGCUGCUAUGCUUGGGUUCAUGUGCUAAACAUGGAAGUGGAGAUGCUCUUAUUAAAGAUGUUAAGAGAAUUUGAGGCCCAAAGGCAGGAAGCAUAUCCAGAAACUCCGACGACAGUUCUCCAGGAAGAAGAUGAUUCAAAAGAAAAGCUGGCGCUACUUCUACAGCGAGAUAGGUUCCUAGUUGUUUUAGAUAAUGUUUGGAGCAGAGACGAUUUGGAACGGAUCGUAAGUGCCUUACCAAAAGGAUUGCCUGGGAGUAAGAUAAUCAUUACUACGCGUAACUCUGAUGUAACAUCUGUUGCCCCCGACUAUAUCCAUGAUUUGAGUAGUGGGUUAUCAUCAGAGGAAGCCCAGGAGCUGUUUUGCAAGAAGGCUUUUCAAGCUAGUGAUGGACAGUUGCCACAUAUUCUAGAGGAGUGGGCUCAAAAAAUACUCAAAAGGUGUGAAGGCAUGCCCCUUCCAAUUUCAGCCAUUGGUAAUUUGCUUGCCAAGAAGCCACAAACUCCAGUUCAGUGGAAGAGGCUACAUGACAGACUUAGAUAUGAAAUAUGUAGACACGGCUCAGAUCUUUCUGUUAUUAGCCGUAAUUUACAGCCGAGUUAUAGGGAUCUCCCAAGCCAUCUUAAAAGUUGUUUCUUGUACUUCAGCAUGUUUCCUGAAGACUACUCUAUCAGCCGUGAGAGGCUAAUUCGAUUGUGGGUGGCCGAAGGAUUCGUAGGGCCACAAGAAGGAGAACCAAAGGAGAAGGCUGCAGGCGAGUUUCUGGAUGAACUUUUUAAAAGAAAUUUGGUUGUAGCCAGCACCAGGGAUGUGGAUGGACGACGAGUAAGGAGAUGCCGUGUUUUGCACCUAGUUCGAGAGAUCAACAUUUCUAGACAAAAUAGUUUCUUAACUGUUUUGGAACGAAACUACAAUCCUUCAGCUGACAGUAUUCGACGCCUUUCUCUUAAUAAUGGUCCUGUCGAAAAGAUAAGGGGUAUGACUAGUGGUAUUCGUACCUUACUAGUGUUCGGACAUGCAACUUCUCUUUCUGAGCUUGAAAUGAUACUCAAAACUGGUAAGUAUUUAAGUGUUUUAGAUUUGCAAGGUGUAGCUUUGAAGGAGUUUCCCGAACAUGUACUUGGUCUCACUCUCCUCAAGUACUUGAGUCUGAAGAAAACCCAAAUUAAAACAGUUCCCCAAUCCAUAAAGAAGCUUGUAUACUUAGAAACCUUGGAUGUUAGGCACACCAGUGUGAGCUAUUUACCAAAUGAGAUCUGGAAACUUGAAAUGUUGCGCCACCUCCUGGUUUUUUGCAAAGAUGGGGGAAGUGGAGGAGUGGUUCUUUCUGCUAGUAAUCUUGGAGCUCUAUCUUCCAUACAAACGUUGUCACUCAUCAAGGUAGAAACCACGAGUGAAAUCAGGACAGCUUUGGAAAUGUUAGCUGGUCUCAGCAAGUUGGGGCUGACAGAUCUCAAAAGAGAAGAUGGGGAACAAUUGUGUGGUUCAAUUCAGAAAAUGCAGGAUCUUUCCAAACUUGAUGUAAGAGCAAUAAGCAAGGACGAGUAUCUUGAUUUGGAUCAUAUGACAUUCCCUCUUGUGGCUCCUCUAUAUCUUCAACGUCUAUAUUUGGAAGGACAGCUAGAAAGGGGGAGGAGUUGA